UCUUCCGAUUAAUACAUAAGUUGAUUAAUGAUGGCUGUUUAAACGCUUAUAUUUAGUAAAGCAGUUGGACAGUUGGUUGUCUUUAAAUGCCAAACUAAAGAAGGAGAAAUAUUGUCCAGAAGUUUAAAUGACCACAUUUUUUUUACUACACAAGUAUACGUGUAUAUAGAAUCUCCAUUAUUAGAACGGAUAAAGCGACCAUUUCUGUUUGUUAACGCUUUAGAUAUACCAAAUAUAUCAAUCGGCUUAAGUCACCAUGCCCAUGGUUUGAACAUUAACAAAUUUUGAAAUAACUGAAACAGAUCGAAGUUCUGUAGACUGUAAGCACAUUCUGUACACAGGACUCCUAGCUGUUACUCCAAAAGGUAUAGAAUUUAAAAAUGGCGACUCAGCAGCCGUGGCAACCUAUUCAGAUGCAGCCUAGACAAGGAGUGGAAUGGAUGAACAACCCCGAGUCUGUGGCGGGUGGUGGACCCCCGGGGAUGGAUUAUUUGUCAGCUUUGGACCAGAUCAUUGUGAAACAGCGGAUAGAAUUACUAGAGAUUAUUACUGGUUUUGAGACGAGGAAUAAGUAUGACGUAAUGAACAGCGUGGGACAGCAGUGCUACUUCGCCCAAGAAGAAUCCGACUUUUGCGGCAGACAAUGCUGUGGACCAAACAGGGAAUACGUUAUGCACGUCACAGAUAAUAAUGGUCAGGAGGUGAUGCGGGUCCGUCAUGACUUCGUCUGCUGUGUUGGAUGUUGCUGGUGUGCAACCGACUCUUCCUGUGGUUAUGAAGUCCAGAUCGAGGCUCCAGUCGGAAAUAUCAUCGGUUAUGCCAAACAGCAAACUUCAAAAUGGAAACCUCAUAUUCGCGUUUUUGACGCCAACCGGCAACCAAUGUACGUCAUCCGUGGACCGUGUUGCUGGGGAUGCCAGAAUAUAUGUUGCACAGAUGACAUUGACUUUCCUAUUACGGACUUGACGGAGCAAAAUGUUUUGGGCCGGAUGUUUAAGCGCUGGGCCGGAUGUGGACGUGAAAUGUUCACUGAUGCCGAUACAUUUGGAGUCACAUUUCCAUUAGACAUGGCUGUUUCAAGCAAAGCUUUGCUUUUUGGGGCCAUUUUUCUUGUGGACUUUGUAUACUUUGAGAAAGAAAACAACAAUAAUUGAGGUCAUUCCGAGUCCUUCAACGGAACUUGUUCUUGAUAUCUUACACCAGACACGUAUUUUGGUGGUCUUGUGAUACAUUUCAAAAUCCUUAAAACUAUUUCGAGGGCGGUGUUAUGAUUUGUCUCUUGAAAUACGU